CAUAAUUGAAAAAAGCACAAAGGAUAGAAGUAAAAGGAGGUGGAAUUUGAUGACUGAAACGUUUUCAAAGCUGGCAAGCAUUCUGGAGUAAUUUGUGAAUCACUUUGUGUCUUGAAACAAAAUUUACUGCCCAUUUAUCAUGGAGAUGAGAAGAGACAGUUCCUAUCAGAGGGAGUAUCUGGCUAUAAACUCGAUACUUCGUCUCCCUCCGUUUAACUUACUGUGAUACAAAACCACUGUUGGCGUGGGCUGGCAGCAGACUCAUCCGACAAUGUGUGCUGUGAGUAGCCCAGAGACUCCCUGGCAGCAGAGGCCGAAGUGCCCCAGCUGUGUAACGGAACAGGAGCAGCAGAAGCUGUGGCAGAGGUUCCCCUCAGCCCCAGCAAGGAGCAAUGCAGCGAACACUUUUGACUGCAGCAGAUUCUUUGGGAAGAAGAAUGCCACCAAAUAUUGGCUGACACAGAAGGGCUUACGUCACGUGAAGGCAGCCCCUGAUGAAAGUAGAGGCAUCAUCGCUUCUGCUCAAGCCAUCUUGGACAGAGAAAAUUAUUUUGUGAGGGAGGUGGACAGGUAUUUGAGGCACAAUGAUUUCUUAAAUCUGAGGAAGAAGGAGAUCCUCUACAAGAAAUGGCUUGAGGAUGUUUCAGAGCCGCUGCUGCAGAAAAUCGAGGACAAGAUGGGCAGCCAGUCGAGUGACGAAAUAGAGAAACGGAAGGAAGAACAGCUCGCCCUCUAUUUAAACUACUGCAAAAAGAAGGGCUAUGUGGCUUUGGAAACUUAUGACCCGGCGGAGUACGACCCGUUCCUCCUGCAGAGAAGCACAGAGUGCUGGAAGGUGCCGUGCUUGGUUUCAAUACCAGCCUUACAGGACCCUCUGUUAGAAGCCAUUCAGCGAAAGUUUGUUGAGACAGGCAUUGUCAAGCAGUGCGAGACAGGCAGGCUGUGCUCAGCCAGAGAGGUGAACGAGCUCAGUAAGGCAGAACCGCCGCUGCUUCCUCUGAGCCGGCAGCGCAUGGAUGCCGUGGCCUGGCUGAAGAUCCCUCCGCUCUACAUUGCAAGCGAGGCCCACCGGACCAGGAGGCUGCGAGUCGUGGAGCACCACACAGACAGCAAGAGCUGAUGGCACCGGUCCUCCAGCUGACUGCCGCGGCAAGCAGGGCCAUCAGAAGGUGCCAUGUGAAAAUGUGCAUUAUGUCUGCCAAAGCAAGUGGUAGCAGGCCAGGUCUCCCCAAAACCUGCAAUAAACUCAUUGUCUGAAA